GCGGCGAUCUCACCAACCCUAUUCUUACACACCCCGCCCAACCCGCUGUGUCCACUUUGUCCGAUAAAUUCUGGCACUCCCAAUCAAGGCUUCCGAGGACGACUAGCCAUUAAAGCACGGCCCAGCUCUGCGGAUCUCGCAUGGGCUGAAUAGCAUGGCACAUGCUCCGGCUCUUUUACGGACGAACACGGCCCCCGUAUUCCCAGCCGACAACAAGUACGGUCCUAUGUCUACUAUGAGUAGUCUUCGCACAAGCCAGUUGUCUGGCUCGACAGCCCUUAACUCGUCAAAUUCCUCGCUUACAUCCAUGUCGACGUCUACCGUCAUCGCUCCAUCGAGCAAUGGCAACGUCGUGCCUACUACAAAUAUCAUCAACCAGAAAGCGGAUGCUUCCCGCUCGCUAUACCAGAUCUGCAUCGCAUUGAAGCUGCGACUAGCACGCGUCCCUAAUUUUGAGACUCACCUCGAAGCUCUCAACGCACUCGGCGACGAAGAUGGCCCGGUCGAGUCACUAUGGAACUUGUUGCGGACGGGUCUACCGCUGCUCACCGUAUACAAUUCCCUGCAACCUGAGGUCCCCUUAGAAAUCGACCCAGCCGCCAACGAGAACAAGCGAUCUAAAUUAGCCAUCUUCAAGUUCGUCGAGGCUUGCUUGAAACGACUUGAGAUCCCAGCCUCCGAGUCUUUCGUGAUCAGUGAUCUUAUGGGUAACGACACUACUGGCUUUGUUAAGGUUAUCCAAGUUGUAAACCGCGUCUUAGACCUCGCCGAGCGCCGCGGUCUUCUCCUACAAAUGCAGCCAUAUCCAGAAGACAUCGGUCCUGUCAUUCCGGGGUCUCAGAUGACAUAUCGCGAUCAUAUUAUUCAAGAACUAGUUGACACAGAACGGAAAUAUGUGCAAGAUCUCGAGAACUUGCACGACUUGAAGAGAACGUUAGAGCAGAAGGGCGUGAUUCCUGGCGACAUCAUCCACCAAAUAUUCUUGAACAUAAAUUCCAUCCUCGAUUUUCAGAGACGAUUCUUGAUUCGUGUCGAAACCACCAACUCAAUGCCGCAGGAGACGCAGCGAUGGGGCGCACCAUUCGUCACAUAUGAGGAUGCCUUCGAUAUCUAUCAGCCAUUCAUCGCAAACCAGCGUAAAGCUGGCCAAAUCGCAAACCAGGUCUUUGACAAGAUCCAACUAGCUGACCAUCCUGUUUCGUUUGAUUUCAACACAUUGGAUAGUUUCCUGCUGAAACCGAUGCAGCGAUUGGUGAAGUAUCCUCUAUUAUUGAAGUCCCUACUGAAAAAGUGCGAGGACGAAAAUAUUAGAGCGGAUUUGAUUGGCGGUAUCGAUGCGGCGGAACGAGUCCUCACAAAAGCGAAUGAGGCAGUCGAUCGCGAUCUGCUAGAUGAAGCUCUGGAAGACUUAAUACGUAGGGUCGAUGACUGGAAGAAUCAUAGGGUGGAAUCUUUCGGAAGAUUGCUACUGCACGGCGUGUACACAGUUGUCACCGGCAAAAGCGAUCAGGAGAAGGACGUAAGUUUCGCGAAGGUUAAAUCUGCUACCAAGGAGUAUGCUGAUACCGUUCAGUACGAGAUUUACUUGUUCGAAUGUAUUCUCCUCUGCUGCAAGGAGGUACAACCGAAUAAAAGUAAAGAAAAGAAAGACAAGAACAAGACUGGUCCAAAGAUCCCUAACAAGAACAACAAGUUACAACUAAAGGGGCGGAUAUUUAUGACAAACGUGACUGAGGUCUUGUCAUUCGCGAAACCAGGGUCCUACACUGUACAGAUCUGGUGGAAAGGAGAUCCCGGCGUGGAGAACUUUGUCAUCAAGUUCUCUAACGAGGAGACGAUGAAAAAAUGGGAAACGGGGUUAGUUGCGCAAAGGAAGGAGAAUGCGCCAGCUUCAGCCACGAGUCCCGACCAAGCGACGCCGGCCUUUACCUGGAUGCAAAACCAGAAUAACCUCGAGAAUCCUUACGCCCAACAAGAAGACGAGGAGGAAGAGGAAGAGGAAACGCCCAUGUCGCAGAUAUCGCCGCCAGGCAUGGGCUUUGGAUCGACCGGUGGAGUGAUGCCCAAUCGUAAUGCGUCAAGUUCGAGUCUCCGGGCACGCUCUGCGACUGCUGAGAGUGCUCAGUCACUAGCGGGCAUCGCCAGAGCGCCUCCACCGCGCUUCCCUCUUCCGGCGCCUCCAGGACCGCUGAGUCUUCAGACACAAGGUAGUGCGCCGUCACCCGGCGCUCGUCUCGGUGACUCGUAUUUCUCACCCACAGCAGAAUCGCCCGCGUCGUCGCGAACGAGUACACAGAGUACAAUGUUUGGGGCUAAUGGUCAAUUUCCAUUUCCAAGAACUGGUACUCCCCAAGCUGGUUGGGAAGAUAACAAUCGGUAUACCGCACCCGCUAUGCCACGAGCUCCUUCAAGAGAUGGCCCAUCUCCGAUGAAUGGGAGGAACCCUAGGGGACCUUCAUUACCUGUAAUGGCCUCCGGUUCGCAGACGCUAGCCCAGCAGCAACGUAGUCGGUCGUACAGCACGCCUGAUAUCAACGGGCAACCUAACGGCCGUAGAACCAACAGUACUACUCCUGUUCCUGCCGUGCCUGGCAUACCGCCCCAUCUUCAUCCAGCACACGAUUCAAACAUCCCACGAUCUCAAACUGGUUCCCCCAGGCAGGAAGUGCCUGUCCGGACUAACACCCAAAGUCCAGGUGUCCAACGCGACGCGAGGUUGACUCAACAGUCCGGUCAGCUCGGAGGGACCAUGUCACAAUUCCCUACUCAACCCGUCUACUCCCGGCAGACCACUCCCGCCCCAGCCCCAGCAACAACAGUGCCUCAGCCGCUGAACCUCAAUAACCAACAACCUGUAUCGCCAGCUCUCGGUACAGCUACCCAGGGUAACCCGUUUUCGAAUCCGGAUUUGCCAAUUCCCGCACAGCUGAAAGUCAAGGUCAACUGCGAUAAUGGAACAUAUUUCACUCUUGUCGCUGCGUUCAAUACCUCAUACCAAUCGCUCAGGGACCGCAUUGAUUCUAAGCUCGGCCGAUUUACCAAUAGUUCAAUUGCUAAGGGCAAUCUGAAAUUGCGGUAUGUCGACGAGGAUGGUGAUUCCGUAACAAUCGAAAGCGACGAUGAUAUACAGAUUGCAUUCUCGGAGUGGCGUGAGGGAGUGCGUGAUAUCUACUCUGGCGGCGUUGGAGAAAUAGAACUUUUCUGCGUCGGAGGGACCGAUUGAGCACACAAUAAAGAGACUAAGUGACGAAGUUUGAAGAGACAUCUCGAACAAAAAAGAGUUCUCGGGGAAAAGGAGUCGGCGUGUUUCAAGGACUCCCAAGACAUAAUACUAAUCUGGACUUCAUUGAUAAUGAUACGCUACACGUCAGCAGCAAACAGGUCACAGCUUGAUACCAUUUUCUUUCGCCUCAAACCUAUAGACGACAUUCAUUUCAUGAUUCUAUGAUUCUUGCACAUACUUUUGAUACCAGAUCUUUCUUGAUCACACAUGGAACUGGCUUUGGGUUCCUGCCAGAUUCAAAGGAGCCCGACACUCUUUUAUGUGUUCGGUGUUAUACCAGAAGAAUUCUCGAUCGUUAUGGAUAAGCCUUCAUUAUCAGGUCUGUUUUGAAGCUCCAUAGGUAAGCAUCGUUGCUUCUUCCUAUCUAAAUACUAUACUUUGCGACGCGUUCAACUAUCACUUCACCCUCAUACUCUGCGGC